GAGUGGACAAAUCGCUGUGAGGUUCUGGACACUGGUAAGCCUACUGAGGGUCACGGGUCUGAAGAAUGGGCUCGUUAAAGACCCUGUCAGGUGGACUGCUGCUGGGUUUAUGCCUCACCUUGCUGGGAUGGGGAGCUGAGGGACAAUGGAACGGACACCCCAAGAAGGAGAUAUCGGGCAGUGGCCCUAUCAACCUAGGCCAACAACAACGAGGCACCUGGUGGCCCCUGAUGCAGACCAGAGAGAACCUGACAGAGGUCAAAAGCAUCAAGUCCAUGUUCCAGUUCCGGACGUUUGACCCCGAGGGGGUGGUGUUCUAUGGGGACACCAGGGAGGGAGAGGACUGGUUUGUCCUGAUCCUCAGGAACGGCCUCCCUGAGAUGCAGAUCGGGAAAGCAGACAUCCUCGUCAGUGUGCAAGGGGGACCCAAACUCAAUGAUGGCAAGUGGCAUCUGGUGGAGAUCAGUAGCCAGGGGGAUUUUGUGGUGCUGGAGGUGGACGGCCAGAAAGCGUUGGUGGUGGGACUGAAGUCCAAAGAGACCAUGGAGGUUCUGACAGGCCAGAUCCGCCUCGCCCUCGGGGGAAUCCUGGUCAGCGUGGACAAGCUGUUCCUCCCGUUCCAGCCAGAGAUGGAUGGAUGUAUCCAGAAGGGGAACUGGCUAAACCUGAGCACCCCCUGGGAGACAGAGUUGAUUGGGGAGCCCUGGCCCUGCUACCAGAACAUCCAGCCAGGGAGCUAUUUCCCCGGAGCAGGACUGGCUGCAUUCAACACCACAGACCUCCCUGGCCACCAGACAGAGGAGGGUGGGAUUACUAUUGAUAUCCAUGGAGACUCCACUAAAAUGGAAGGAACAGUUCUGAGCUUGAACACCCCUGGGCAGGAAUUGCCCACAGUAACAGUGAAAAUCAACAAUAACCCAAAGAAAGUCAUACUGACCAUCCUCAAGCGUGACACCAUCACCGAACAGAGUUUCAGCAGACUGUCCCUAACCCUGUUGAAGAAUCAAGUGAACAUGGACAUCGAUGACACGCACCUAACAUUUGAGAUCGACAGUAUACCUGACUUUCCUAGAAGCUGGAAAGAGGGGAUGAUCCUUGCAUUUGGGGGGCUUCCAGGUGAUGGAGUGUCCUACAGUAGCAUCCAGUACCUGAAGGGCUGUCUGGAGAAGAUCCAGGUCCAGGGACAGGAUGUGGAUCUAGACCGGGCGCUGUACAAGGACCUCUCUGUUUUCUCCCAUAGUUGCCCCUCAGAAGUCUGAACCAAGGCUAUCCUGACAGAUCAGAUCUGUGAUGACUGUAUUGAUGUCAUUUAUCUCCAUCAAUCGCCCUUCCCUGGUCGCAUAAACCUAAUUACAAAUCCCCCCCUCCCCCAUCUGCAUUUUAACAGGCCCAGUCAGUAUUCCUGUACACACAGUCCUAAUUUUAACCAUGGCUAAGAGAGAUUUGACCAUAGAAUUAGGAAUUAGAAUAAUAGAAUGUAAAAUAACCUUCUUAUGAUGGUCCAAAGGUCAGCCAUGUUGGUGAGGGAGUUGGUCAACCAUGGUUUACCAGUGCUGUGAUAAUAUGUAUAAUAAUGAAUGUGAUGAAUUUAUCUGCACAGUAUGUGUGUUAGCUAGCAAGCCAGCCAGUUUUAGAGGAAUGAUUCCAUGAAGUGCUCUUAUUAACUGCCAAUGUGGCAACAUUCCAUUCAAACAAUACAGUCAAUCCACAGUCAUACACUGGCUGAAGUCAGUUGAUGAUAGGACUUAGACAAGUUGUAAAUGCAAGAAGUACUGUUAUUGUAUGACUAUAUUAUAUGACAAUAUUGUAGGUUGACUAUAAUUUUAUUACACAAUUUCUGACACAUCACAUGCCUUACUUUUAUGUUCCUACUUAAGCAAAAGCAGGAAAUGCAUCCCCUUUGACUCUACUGCCAUUCAUUCCAAUUAGACUGGUUUUGGAUUCAUUCCUGACCAAGAUCGCUGCCAUUUUGCCCCAUUCUGGAACUUUGAGGGUUUAUGACAUAGCCCCUCUAGUAAUUUAGUAAGAUCUCUAUGGGUUUGACAGUCUUUGUUUGCUUUUGACCAGGUUAUGGGGUGUAAAAUGAGCAGAUGAGAUGGGCCAUUGCUUUCUGAAUUUUCUGUCAAUAAAGAUACAUUGAGCUUGUGGUAGAUGA